AUGGCAUCGCGUUCGCUGAGAAGCCGGCGACCUCCCAAGGUAGACGCAACGCCCACGACCACGGCGGGUGACCAUCCAGAGACCGACGCCCAGUCACUCGGUGACGAGAGCGAUGAUUAUGUCCAAAGCCUUCACGACGACAGUGAUGUAGACGUUCAACAACUCGAGGAUGAAAGCGAUGAGGAUAUCCUUCCUGCUCGCCAACCAACACGCAAAUCAGCCCUCAGGCCAGUCCAAAAACCAGCCCACAAGAACAAGAGGGCAAAGCCCGCGGACGCCCAACAGCAAAUUGACGAUGGCGAUAACUACAAGCCUCCUCCUGGCGUUACUACCAGCGGCGUUAAACGUGUCGCCCGCAACGACAUCAAUCUCGAGGGCAAGAAGCGGCGCACACGCCACAACCGUCGCGCGAUUCAGACGAUGGUUUCCAACAACAACACGAAAGACACACAGGCUGAAGUCGACGUCGGAAUGACAGAACAAUUACGCCUCAUAUCCACCCCGGAGACUCGCAACCUCAACGCCUGGCUUCAUGCCCUUAAAGAGCCUCCAGGAUUGAAGGUCAAGUUAGAAGUGCGCCCAACCGAACUCACGAUCACACACAGUGGCGUCACACCACUCGGAGAGCUCCCGGACGCACCUAACCGGGACUUUAAGGCCCUGGUAAAGAUCAAGGAUGUCACUGUCACGUUCGAUCCCCAAGGCGACCAGUCAAGAUCCCAGUACAGCUACAGGAACAAAGACACCAUCACAAAAGCUAUAGAUGGCUGGGUCAAGGUCAUCCCAACAUGGGAAAUUCGCCUAUGGAACGAUGCGCAACAGCCGAAUGAAGAAGAACGGGAAUACACGUACAUAUUUCCAGAGAUGGCCCACUCCCUGACCAAGAUGAAUGCAAAGGGCGCCUUUGUCCCUCAUCCAUACAAAUACUGGGUCAUGGGUGGCCCAUUGGAUAUCAAUGUCUGUCCUUCAGAAUCCGAAGCAAAGAGAGUCGCCCAGGAGGCGUGUCGUCUAUUGAACAAGUUACCUUUCCACAUCGACGCAGUUGACUUUCCCGAGUUCCAGCCAAUAUGGAGGACCUCGGUACCUAAGGUUCGACAAAUGCUUGAACUCAUGUCCAUGAGCGUUCUACGGGACGGCAAGUUCGACUUCCGCGACCUCCGACCGAUAUUCCAGUCUGACUCUGUCUCGCAUUUUGCAUACUGUAUCUCACCAGUGGUCAACCCGUUGUACAGGAGCUACGAAGGAGCAAUCCCGUAUGUCGGAUGGGAAUUCAUCGCGCCUACCUUCAUACAGAACAGCGCCGGAAAUACACGUGAAAGCGCAUGGCUGCGUAUGCUUCUCCGCGGCGACGAGGAGACCUACCCGAGCGGGUUCCUCAAUGACCUUCCGGACGUGCCUCCUUGGGCUGCCAUCGAAGGCACUGUUCCUGAUUUCUACUCUUCCCUCCCAUCCUUUGCAUUAGCUAUGGCUCUGCAACGCGCAUACGAAAUGUACAUUUCCAACCGAGGAAUCCUUAGAACGGUUACAGAGCUGGGCAUAUCCUUGGACGAGUUGAGCCACAGCAAGAAGCAAAUUCUCAGCCUGCAAACAUACUGCAGCUGCGGUACCAAUCCUGCACACAGAUCUAAAGCGGCUCACUACUGCAUGAUCUGUCUCAAACUUCAGACGUGUUCAGCCAUGGGCUGGCACGAUGAUGGUCGACUGAUAUGUCUCAGCCAUUUCCUAUCUCCACUUUCUGCAGACUCUCGCAUUGCUGGAAGGGUACGCCAGCAGGCUUUGAGAGCAUUUGAAGAUGGUCUGUCUCUUCCCCAGCGCCACGCGAUGUCAGACUAUCUCGUCAAGAAUUGUGUAUUUGGAGCUAGCUAUGAUGACAUAUACUUUGCGCGUCGCACAUUUGAAGCUGGGACUGGGAGGAUGCUUCGGGAGUCCAUUGACGCUAUCAAUCCUCUAUACAAGGAUAGAAAUGGGUCAUACUUCGUACACCACGUUGAGAAUGUUGGACUCACUGCAGAAUUCUAUAACCGCCUCAAACAUACGGACAUACCCCUAGCUCUAGGGCUCCUCGGAGAGGCUAUGCGAGCAUGCGAGACAGGCAACGAAGAGCAGCUGCGCAAGAUCGAGUGCGCUUACGACCAUUGCGCUAGGAUACGCAAUGUUAUUCCAUACACCAAGGAAUCGCGGAUGCGGGAAGCAGCAAAAACACCCAACAACUGGUUCCUUGAGUACGACUCCAUGAUGGAGAAAGGUCUUUACAAUCUUUCCUUCGACAAAAAGAGCUUGUGCGCCUACAAAUGGAGAGCUUGGAAGCUUGUGCGGCCAACGCAUACAGAAGAAUCAGACAUCCGACGUCUGAACCAGCUCUUCGAGACAAUUCAAGCCGACAAGACCAUUAAUCCAAGCGGGAUACCCUUUCUCCGAGGCAAAUCGUUCAACGGCUUGCCAGGCGCGCCAUGGCUUUGGAACCCUGAACACAUGUUUCACGACUACGAUUGGGAGUUUCUAGCGGCGCAAAUGGAGCAUCGACUGCGAGGAGUGGACGAGAAGUGUGACUUCUUUUCUGAUCACGAAGAUGAAUCUUGGCAGACAUUGUGUCUUACAUGUGUAGUUUUGUUCUUCAAACUCAACGGAGGGAAGGGUGAAUGGAUUGGGGUCUACAUGACCAUCUUUUCGCGUCAUCCACUCCGUUGGUCAGUUGGACGCCGAGAUGAACCUGGCGUGAAGAUGUUUACUGGCUGGAAGAACAAAUACCCAACCUCCCUUGACCAGUACGACGAUUCAAUACGCACUAUAACGACUGAGCCAUGGAUCAUCAACCGUGGGAAGACGAACUACCCUACAGACUCGCAUUCAACACAGCUUCAGAUUCAGGCUCUGCGCGAAAUCCCGUCAAAAAACAAGCACUGGGACGUUCUUACAGUCUACCGGGGUCUGCGCAAGCUUGACUGGCCUAAGAGCUACAAGACAACUCGAGUCUCCAAGAAGGCAGCUGCGUUCUCGAAAGGAGCUGAUGACGAAAAUGAAGAGGAAGAGGAAGAAGAAGAGGAGGCAGCCGCUAGUCUGCUAGAAGGACCUAACGAAGACAACAACGAAGGUCUCAACGUUGAAGGACCUAACGAAGACAACAACGAAGGUCUCAACGUUGAAGGUUCUGCAAGCAAGCCGCUAUCGCGAUCACAGUUUGACGAAGACACCAAAUUCGUCAACGCACAUCAAGAUGAGGCACAUAUUUCCGGAGAUACGCUUGCACGGAUCCGUGACAUACUCAAGAGAUGGGGCCCCUGCCUCGAUGGAUAUCUGCCAUCAGCAACACCUGCUGGACCUCAACAUCCUUCAGGACCACCCGGCGGACCCCCGCCUACACCACCCAACGUGGGCAAGGGCCAUGGAGGUUUUGAUAUAAGCAAGUACGCACAGGAGGAACACGAUGAAGGCACCCAGACUGGACUCUUCAACGGCGGCAAUACAUGCUACCAAAACGCACUAUUCCAGGCAUUCGCAAAGACUCCCGCUUUCACCAACAUGCUGCGGGACAUGCCUAAGGAGAAGCUGGAGAAGCUGACUUCAGCCGAGAGGAACUUCAAGAACCUAGUACUUGCGGUUGCUGAUGGGGAGUUGAAGACGUCCGUCAACUGCCUACAGCAAUUUUGGAUUGACAUCGAUCAUAUAGCUGCCGUGCCAUCCUCAAAUCCGCUCUGGCAGAAGUUCAGCCGAAUGAAUUGCGUCCAACAAGAUCCUGCGGAGCUUUUCGCCCUCCUCAGCGACAAGUUCUGUCAAGAUAUCCUCGAAGUUUUUCGACCCAUUGAACUGUACCGCAACCUUGAGAGCCUUCUUCAAUUCGGAGAGUUCCAACCUAUCGACGCGGGCAAUGAAGUCAACAGCCUCUGCAGUUGCCACUUGACUAAGAAGGGCGAGCAGGAGGACGCUGUCUUCCCACAAAGCUUUCCUAACCGCAUGAUAGUCCAGAUCAAACGGUUUAUGUUCGUCGAUGAUGGCAGUCCGACUGGCUGGGUUGCGAAAAACCAGGAAGAGGUGCUCUAUCCCAUGGAUAAGUUGAAAGUAGAUGGAGGCGCGUUGGGGAAACAAGGAUACCGAGUGCAGACCGUGGUAUGCCAUGACGGUACUGGCACUGACUCUGGUCAUUACUACGCUCUCUGUCGGGACACCAACCUGCCUAACACCGAAUGGACUGAGCAUAAUGACAAGCGGAAGAUCAAGGUUCGCGACCGCACGACCAUCGUUAGGCGAGAAGCUUAUAUGAUAUUCCUGGAGAUUGACCAAGGAGACUACGAGUUUCCAGAUACUCACCGCCCUGGUGACGUGGACAUGAUGGACUCGGAGCUCAACAGUGACGGGAACGGCGAUGCCGAUGGCAACAUCUUGAUUCCAGACAGCGAUGUUGCAACUCCCGAUAUCGCGGUUCCGGAUAGUGACCUUGUGAUUCCGGACAGCCAGGAUGAAGAGGAUGAGGGUGGAAAGGACGACGGCGGUCAAGGCGGCGGAGAGAAGGUGAUCCAGGAUAGCGAGGACGAGGGCAGUAAUUACGAGCCGUAG